AUUAGGGAUGAAGGAGGAAAGUGUGUGGCCGCGCAAGGGGAGCUCCAAAUUUAAUACACCAAUUCCCUCUGUCCUUUUUUGGAGGAAGCAUCCCGGAACCCUUUUUGCCCUACUGUGCUAAAAGAGCGCCUCCUUGCUUAACAUACACUUCACUUCACCUCACCUUUCCCUCGCUCUUUCUUUCCAUUUUUUUUCUCUUUAAAGAAGUAUCCUUUUAGGGAGCACUGUUUCUUGUUUUUGCUUUCCCAGUUUCCUGUUCAGUGACAAUGGCUAUUGUGCAGAUGGUGACCGUGGCUCUGAUUGUCAUGGCAGCGAGUCUUGGAGUGAAAAGGACUGAAGCACAAGUGCAUCAUGUGGUCGGAGGAGACCGUGGGUGGGACCCUUCAUCUGGCGUGGCAUCUUGGUCGUCCGAUAGGAGCUUCAGGGUUGGAGACAAAAUCUGGUUCGCCUACUCUGCAGCACAGGAAAGCAUUGUUGAGCUCAAGAGCCGGGAUGAAUAUGAGUCGUGCGAUGUGAGCAACCCCAUAAGGAUGUAUACGGACGGUUUAGAUGGUAUCCCAUUGGAUGUGGAAGGGAUGCGAUACUUCGUGAGCGGCAAGCCUGAGAACUGCAAGAACGGACUAAAGCUACACAUGGAGGUGAUGCCUUUAAGGAGCCCCGAGACCCAAAAGCCUAAAGUCGUAGUGUCAGAAGACUCUGUUUCGACCCUGGCUGCGGCGCCCACGACCCCUUCUGGAUCAGUCCAGCUUUACGGAAACUCCGUGUUGUUUUUGGUUGGGCUAUGGCUUUGCUUUUACUAUAUGGCUGUUUAGUUAUGGCUGUGCCCCCCUUCACUUUUUAACGUUUGAGCUAUGUUCACCUUUUGCUAUAGACGCAUAAUGUAAUUUAAUUUUCAAA